AUGCCGUGUUUUGCCUUUGAUGAUAUGGAGAACCGGGAUGGUUCGGAGGUUGCCGCAGCUGACGCAGGGCUGCCUCGCUCGAGGGUCUGCGUUGCUGCAGUUUGGCGCGACACGCGGACGAAAGUGCUGAAGGGCUACCGUCCAGAGCAGCUCAGGCGCUCGCUUGCCUUUGGUUUGCUGGCGGCCUAUCACAGCUAUGUCUUUCUUGCGGCGGCACUUAGCAUAAUCAUACUGAGUGGCAACUUGAUCCUCGCAUGGUUCAUCAGCUGGUUCCAAGAAGUCCGCAAUGGUGAUGGAGCGCUUGAUCCAGGCAAGGUGUCUUUGGGUUAUUACCUGGCAGUUCUACUGCGGUGCUGGCUUCUGAUUCAUCUGUCUGCAGAGCUGCUUCGCUGCACCAUCUGGUUGGUUGAGGAUUGUUGGGAAGUGCAGACUUUUCAGACAUACCGGCGAAUCUGUACGGGGGCAGCUUUCCGGAAGAUGCGCGAAGCACAGCCAGAGCCCGCUGUUGCGAAACAGCUAUCAUGCAGUGACUGGGCGCAUGGAAGUUCUUGGCAGUGGUGGGUGGAUCUGCCGAUCCAGGCACUGAUCUAUGCGACUAUAGAUGUGGUUCCCCUAGUCUUCGCUGUGCCUUCACUCUUUCGCCUUGACUUGGUCAGCUUUUUGAGCUCUCUUUUUGCUACUGCAUGCUCUGCUGGGGUCGUGCACGUGGUGAUCCUCUAUGCUGCCUGGACACUAUCGGAUGUGGCCGCAAAGGUGGUAGCGUGGAAUGCCUUGCCGAUUUCCGACAUGUCCGACAUCCGGCCACCGCCCAGUCCCGAGGUUCUGCCAGAGUCGCAGGCGGAUGAGCCUCCUGAAGAUGAAGAUCCCCUGCGACCUGCCAACUUCUGUGCCCUAUGUGGUGGUGUUUUGCAUUUGGGCUGGGUCAUGAUCUUGAAAGCAUUGUUUUUCGCUGCUUUGGUUGUCUUUGCAAUACAGAGAGAUAUGGCAGAUGAAAACCCAUUCUGGCUGGUAGCUGCGCUCCUUCUCGGUGUGGCUUUCUGGCAUUCCAUCUUCGCCCAAGGCCUGGAGCUUCUGGCCGGCCGUCUCGAAAUGUCUUCGUCGAGGUCUUGCUUGCCAUGCUGCGGGGCCGACGAAGAAGCUCAAACACUUUCCGGUGAGGGGGACGCUAGGUUCCUGUGUGUGCCCGUGCAGCUGGCGGCUAAGUUGCAAGUGUGGGGAGCUGCGCAUGCUGGUCUUUCAGCAGCCGCUUUAGCAGGCCAGUAUGAGCUUGCCGUCUAUGCUUUGUUGCUGCAGCUCACGCUGUUCGGCAACUUCAGGUGGGUUGAGGGGGCCAUUUUCAUUUUGCUCCUCAUUCUUUUGCUCUUGUUUAGACGGGCGACACUGCUUCGUUUGGGCAACUGGUGCGCUUUCUUUGGUCUGCUCGAAAGCACUUUCUUCGUGAUUCUGGCUGUGGCCAUCAAUGCGGCCUACUCGGGAUCUGCAGGCGGGGCUGUCCUCGUGAUGGCCUUGCUCUUGCAAUGUACGCUGACGCGGGAUGAACUUCGAGCUUGGCGCAUCUGGCGGGCUGUCACCUUGGGGCUUCACUGCAGCUUAGUCGGGGUGGUGGCCCUUUGCAUGUGGUCUAUGCAGGGUGGAAGUGGUUGGACAGAAGCUCAGCCCAGAGGAGUGAGCACGUACACGACAUACCCCUGGUGCGAUCUUCAGUGGCCCUUAGGAAGACAAGGCUCCGAUCGAUAUCUAACUGUCACCAACUUUGCUGACAUUUGCGCGAUGACGAACCUUCCAGGCUCGGAUUUCAAUGCCACCCUUGAGUCGCAGUUUCCGGGAUGGACGCUCGUGUUUGAGAGACGUGCUGGUAAAUCAUUGUCAGACAAAGGCCGCGACGGCUAUUACGACUGGACGACCUUCUUUGAGCUUGCAGACCCGCAGAACGAAUCCACGCUGUUUGCCGUUCGUGGGACCCAGAGUCCGCUGGAAGUGCUGCAGGAUGUGAAUAUUUUCACGCCGGUUGUCCUCACACAAAUCGCAGCAUUCUUCGGCCCGGACCUCACGUCCUCCGUGACCAAGACAGUCUUCUCGCUUUUUGCGGGGCUCCCAAGUAUUGACAAAGACUUCUUCCAGGCUUUCCUCGCGCAUGUGCGUGCUCGCGUGAGAAGUGACCCAUCACGUCGAUACUAUCUCACUGGCCACUCUUUGGGUGGAGGCUUGGCGAAGCUGGUGGCGCUGGAGGUGGGACAGCCAUCAGUAACCUUCGCUGCCCCCGGCUUACGCUACACCUCGCAGAUGCUGCUUUCGAAGGAGACCCAGGCAAUCUACAAUGGCAAUGAGUUGUUGGAGGCAGGGGAACACCUGUCCACUGUCGUAGUUCCUGAGCACGACCUGGUGUCCCGAAUUGACCAACAGCUGGGUGCACAGCUUGGGGUGGCUUGUGUGAUUACCUGGAGGUUAUUCAAUCACCUCAAGCUACGCUUGUUGGAAAGGCCCUGGAUCACGGAAGUGCACAAGCUCCGCGUGUCACAGCUCCUGAAUGACGACGCUGCCGCAGAUGCCAUUGCGGCUGAGCUGCGGACCUAUGGGUGCUCCUUGGCCGGAACGCCCGGGACCGUGCAGCUUCGUACAGGACAGACGAUGUGGAACUUUUACCAGCAGAAUCUCCGAGAACUGCCCGAGUGCUUGGCGAAGAUGCAAGAUCGAGGUGUUCCUGUGGAUGCUGCGACUCUCGCGCGCCUGGAGGACAUCUCCAGCAAAGACCUUGAAACGAAGACGAACCUUUUGCGUGAGACAUUGAAGUCCAUCCGCAAGCCAGAUGGAAGUCUACUUUGCGAAGAUGCGUCUGCCAUCAACAUCAACAGCUCGCAGCAGCUCCAGACGCUGCUGUUUGGAGGUGCACGCAACAAGUUCAACUCCUUCGAGACUUUGCAGGUGACGCGCUGCUUCCAUUCUGCCGAGGCCCACUGGUUGGCCAUAGCUUGCGCAAGGCUCCGGGAAGAAGCCUGCCGCCAAGUGAGACUAUUUUUCAUCGUCGCAGCUGGCUCUGUGCCUGAUCUACAGCAAAAAGAGCAUUGCUUGGGCCUCACCUUCGUGUCCUUGCUUUUGCAGAAGCCGUGGCCCAGCUUCGCAGUCGUGGAGAGGGAGCAGUACCAGGUCAAGCGUCAGCUGGCGGAAGCUGGCUUCAAUGAGGAAGCGGUGGGAAAUGUCUGGGUGGAAGCUGCGCUUGGUUACUUGUCAGAUUGCAAGCGAAUCGAGACCAAUGCCCGCAUGCUGAAAGCGCUGCAGAAAGCCGUCGUCAAGGAUCGGAUACAUCCCUCCUGGCAGUUCGCAACCUCCACCGGGCGCUUGACAUGCAGUCAGCCCAACUUGCACAGCUUGGUUGCAGGGACGAAGGACAUUUAUGGUGUACGAGCUGCCUUCAAGGCACAGCCAGGUCACAAGCUGGUGCUUGCAGAUUACUCUCAGCUCGAGCUGCGCAUCCUGGCCCACAUCUCCCAGUGCAGGAUCAUGUCACAAGGUCUGCAUCAAGGCGGCGACUACCAUGCCCAGGUUGCAGUCGAGAUGUUUGACCACGUCCGUGAGGCCGUGGAGAAAGAUGGUGUCACGGUGGACAACUCUGGCGCGCAGACUGUUAGGCAUUCUGCUCAAGAGUCCGCGGAUAGGCAGGGAUUAGUUCUGCGCUGCCUUCCCAUCCCCCUGGCAAUCAUGGGGAUCAUGGACCUCACUGUAGGAGAUCUGACGCCCGAGAAGGGCGAGAAAAAAUGCUGCUGCUGUUGCUGCAGCUGCUUCGGCUUCGUCAUCUUCAUUCUCUUCGUCACUUCGUUCCAGCAGGUUAAUCGGCUGCAUGCGGGGCUGCUGAGAAACGGCCUCACAGGUGAGGUGGGCUUAGAGCGUGCAUACUUGCAGGGGCGUUACUUCGUGGGGUUCUGGAACGAGUUCGUGCACUUUCCCACAACUCUCAACACGAUUGAAUUCGCAGACGAAGCAGUCGAAGAAGGAGUGCAACAGCUGGGCAAGCUGAGGUCGCGAGACAAGGAUGGCAAGCAGAUUUGGCUGGACGUCUCCGUCCAGUAUCGGAUCUAUCCGGAAGAGUUGCCGCAAAUCUACAGGGAGAUGACGAAGGUGUACGAGGAUGUCUACAUCUCGGAGCUGCGAGGAGCUCUGCAGCAGGUCACGAAUGAGUUCGCUAUUGAUCAGGCUUGGAGAGAUUAUCCCAGCGUGCAAAAGAAGAUGCACGAUGUGUGCAAGGCCGUUCUACUACAACGCCACGCCGAGUGCUGGGGCCUUCAGCUCUGGGGCAUCCGUCUGCAGGUGGAAUAUGAGAAUCAGCUCAUCCGAACGCAGGUGAGGAAGCAAGCAGAGGAAACGGCGAGAGCAACGCAGCUCCAGACAGAGUACCGCCAGAAGACAGAGGUCAUUCUGGCCGAAUAUGCGCCCGCCUUAACAAUGCCUGACGGGGCUUCAAGGACAAUCAUCAACCAGAAGGGUGUUGCCGACAAGAACCGGAUAGAACGUGACUCCGUAAGUGCCGCACAGUCGGCGUUGGUGACAGCACAAGGAGAAGUGCUAAAAAUUGUCCAGGAUGAGGUGAAGCUGAACGCCACAGAAUGGAUGCCUGAACGGAUCAUGACUCCAGAACAGCUUGUACAAUACCAGCGGAUACUGAUGUUGAAGAACAAGAAGUCUGCGAACUUCGCAGUGAAGUCCAUCGGGCAGUCGCAGAGCGUUUCGACGUCGCACCACGACACCGCACUAUGCGUGCUCGCGGUUCCAUGUGUGAGAGGGCCGCGGCGCAUCCUCUCCGGGUACCGCAUGCUUCCCCGGAAUGUCCCAGAGUCCGCCUUCCCGGAGGAGCGGAACAGGGCCAAGGCCGUGAACUUUGGCAUCAUAUACGGCAUGACGAGCUCACGCCUCGCAGAGGACUUGGACAUUCCCAAAGAAGAAGCGACGGCCCUGAUGCAGGCUUGGUACAAGAACAAGCCGAUGGUUCAGAGCUGGAAGAAGCGGGUGGAGGAGCACGCGCAGCAGGAACAAGUCUCCUUGUCCUUGCUCGGAAGAGAGCGACAUCUGCCCCUUCUUGACGAUCAGGCAUCAGCCUUUUAUCGUGAAAAAUCGAAGCGCGCGGCAGUGAACUUCGCCAUCCAGGGCUCUGCUGCCGACGUCGUUACGGCUGUCAUGCUUCAGCUUGAGAACUGCCAAGAGCUCAAGCAGAUGGGCUACCACAUGAUCAUGCAGGUUCAUGAUGAGAUCAUCCUGGAUGGACCUGAGGAGCAUGCUGAAAAGGCAGCUGAAAUCUUGAGAGAGAUCAUGAUGAAGCCGUUCAAGGAGAUCCAGCAAAACUACGAGUUCCGAGUGCCGCUGGAGGUGAAUAUCGCAAUCGGGGACACGCUCCAGGCCAAGGCAUGA